CCGCAUACAGCAUCGUCCAGAACGUUCAACUCCUACUUCCUUUCACUGAGCUGGUCUCUCAUUUUUCUCAAUAUGCCUUCCAUUCGCUUCGUGGCUGUCUUCCUCUUCGCUCUCGCGUUUGCGCUCGUCCAAGCUGCCCCCGUGUUCAAGGCGAAGCCUGUGGUGCACACCGGAGACGGAACAUUUUUCGCCCCGGGUCUGGGUGCGUGCGGGAAGACGAACAAAGCUUCCGACCUGAUCGUCGCCGUGGGCCACGGCGUCUUCGACUCCUUCCCGGGCGCGACCGCCAAUCCCAACAAGAACCCCAUCUGCGGCAAGAAGAUCAAGGCAACCUUCAAAGGGAAGUCAGUCGUCGCGACAGUCGAGGACCGCUGCGCCGGAUGCGCCGGCGCGGCCGAUCUUGACUUCACGGAGGCUGGGUUCAAGAAGCUUGCGUCGCUCAGUGUGGGCAGGCUGCAUGGCGUCAAGUGGGAGUUUGUGUAAGAGGAUUUCGGGCCUCCUUGUUUGUCGAAGUCCAUAGGCUGAGAAGAAUGAUGAAUGCUGUUCUCGGCAAUAUUGAGGGGCGAUGCGAUCUAUUUUCCUGUUGAUGGGAGGGUUGCAAGAGACUUUGGUGGGCUAAGUCUGUCAGCUGAGCAUAGCUUCAUGUGGUAUUUCCAUUCACUCAGCUAGUAGCUGUGUCAAACUUAGAGUCAAUCAGCGCACCUUUCUAUCAAUCGAUUUUCCCCGA